AAACAACUCUAAAGAACAGAGCCUACAUAUUCCCACAAAAUCGAUUACUUGAUUUUUUUUUUGAGCUAAGCAGGGCAAAGCAUAGUAGGGCAAAACAUCUCUAAAGAGGGCCUAAAUAUUCCCACAAACGCGAUUACUUGAUUUUUUAUUUUUUUUAUUUAUUUUUUUUUUUGGUGGGGAAGGGGGUUCAUUACUUGAUUGACACCAUAGUGGUCGCAUCUAUAAAGUCUGAAGUCAAUUUAAGUGCUGAUAUUCCCACAAAACAAAAUGCCUAAACCUUGAGAAAUUUCUGGUAUAACAAUAGGAACUGUAUUAUUGACACCCAAAAACCCAACUCAAAGGGGGUUAGCGGUUAGUUGAUGAACAAGAAGAAAGCACCAUUAUCAUUCACCAACAUAGUGAAUGGGGAGAUGGGCAGCAUACCGUCUCCUCCGCCGCCUAACCUCCUUAUCAGCCCCAUCUUCCAUUCCCCCUUUCUCCUGUAUCCGCUUUUCUCUUCUGUGUUCUUCUUCAGAUCCCAACACCCUUCUAUUUCAGCGUUUUAGGCCAUUUUCUUCUGCUCCUUCUUCAUCUUAUGCUGCUCUUGCGCAUGAUUAUGAUUAUGGAUUUCGUGAUUUUUCCCAGAAUUAUGUAGAUGAUAAUCAAGAUUUUCAAUCUCACCCAGAUGGGGUUGAAGAAGGAGAUGUUUCUAAGAUUCCUGUCAAAGCUUUCUUUCUUUCUACUAGUAUCAAUUUGAGGAGCAUGCAAGCAGAGAAUUCAGGGAAUGUCGUUCCACCAACUUCUCGCACCUCAAAUUAUGUGACACUCAGAUUUUUUGAUGUACCUUCAGAAAUGAUUGGCAUGAAUGUUGAGAACAAUGUGAUUUGCAACCGCUACAUGGUGGUUUUUCAAUAUGGAUCUGCUGUCCUCUUCAAUGUUGAGGAUCAUGAAGUUGAUUUCUUCUUGAACAUUGCUCGAAGACAUGCUUCUGGAUUGCUUUCAGAAAUGAAGAAAGAUGACUACAUGGUAAAGGAGAAGGCAACACUUGCUGAAGAUAUGCAGGGUGGUGCUGACUAUAUAGUUCUUAGACAUCUUGACACUGAUGGUAUACGCAUUAUUGGAAGCGUGCUUGGUCAAAGCAUUGCUUUAGACUAUUAUGUGUCUCAGGUUGAUGAUAUGGUCGAAGAAUUUGCAGAUAUUAAUCGUGCAAUGGAGAAGACUGGAACAUUUACAAUGCGUAGAAAGAAGCUCUUUCAACUAGUUGGCAAAGCAAAUUCAAAUCUUGCUGAUAUCAUCCUCAAAGUUGGUCUUUUUGAUAGAUCAGAGAUUGCUUGGAGAGAAGCGAAAUAUGCAGAAAUAAAUGAGUAUCUUCGAGAAGAGUAUGAGGUCACUCAGCGUUUUGGAAAUCUCGACAUCAAGUUGAAAUUUGUUGAGCACAACAUCCAUUUUCUUCAAGAAGUCCUGCAGAAUAGGAGAUCAGAUCUAUUGGAGUGGUGCAUCAUCAUCUUGUUGAGUAUCGAGAACGUAAUUUCAAUUUGUGAGAUUAUACGGGAUUCAGCAGCUGGUUCUGUGUGACCUGCUAGCAGAAGAUAAAUUUUUUGGCAGCAAGCAAUUUUGCAUGGGUUUUAACUCGAUUCUUUAUUUAUUGUAUCCAACUAUACCGAAGGAAACCCUACAUGUUUUACCACUGGUGCAAUAUCAGUGAAUCAGGAAUAUUACUUAUUAAUAUAUAAUUCAAUUAUUUUGUACAUAUAAAUUAAUAACCUCCUUUAUAACCGCCAGUUUUGUAGAGUUUUUCAGUCGAAAAUUGAGAUUUUAUGAUUUUCUCUGCUAAACUAGAUGCAGAAGAUCUCUGUUGCUGGAUUAGUAAGAUUUGCUCGGGUUUCAGUAAAAUUCACAAAUUUAAUAGAGUACGCCAUUUUGGAAGAAAUUAUAUUA